AUGAUAAUGGUAGUGGUGAUGAAGAUGGCGCUGGUGAGUGUGAUAAUCAUGUUGUUGAUUCUGGUGAUGGUAAUAAUCAUGAAUAAUGCCAGUGAUGAUGGCGGUGGUGAUGAUGGCAAUGAUAGCAAUAGUGAUGAGUGUGGUGAUGGUGAAGGUGAUAAUGACAAUGAUGAUGGCAGCGACACAGAUUAUGGUGAUGCCACAGAUGUUGGUGCACAAGCUGCAAUUAUCUUCGUGGUGGUCUUUCUGCUUGUGCUCAUCAUGAGCGUUCCCCUCAGAGAUGUCAGGUUGCUGAGCAGGAUUUUGUGCGGUGGGUGUGGGAGAGAACGACCCCGGGGAAGCCUCGCGGCCUUAGCGGCCGUCCCCCCCCCACCAGACGACUGGGCCACGGUUGGGGUGGGGGGCCGGGUGGGGGGUGGAAAAAGGAGCAGGAGUGGCCGGGGGCUCCGGAGGUCAGCGCCCCUGGGGGAGACCGAGAUGAAGAGUGCCACUUCUCCCGCUGUGGCCACCGCCACGGCCCAACCUCGACCCGAGGGUCCCCUUGUUGGUUCCGAAAGCAAAGGGGUCGAGGCAGCUCCCACCCUGGUUCCGUCCGGAGAGAAGAAAGUGCUGGCCACCAAGGUGUGGGGGACGGUGAAAUGGUUCAAUGUGAGGAACGGUUACGGUUUCAUCAACCGGGACGACACCAAGGAAGACGUCUUCGUUCACCAGACGGCCAUCAAGAAGAACAACCCGCGCAAGUACCUGCGGAGCGUCGGGGAUGGCGAGCCCGUGGAAUUUGACGUGGUGGAAGGAGAGAAGGGCGUGGAGGCUGCCAACGUCACCGGGCCCGGGGGCGCUCCGGUGCAGGGGAGCAAGUACGCGGCUGACCGCAGCGAGUACCGCCGAGGUCCCCCCCGCAGCAGCGGAGGACCACCCCCGCAAGCCCCCCGCAAAAGCCGCACCGGCUGCCCCAGAGCCGAAGGCCCCGAGAAGCCCACCGACGGGGCUCCGCCGGCCGGGGAGCACGAGACGUGGAAGAGCUGCGUGCCCCGCCGUCCAGCCUACCCGCUCCACUUCGCCCGCCGCUCGCAGUACGUGGCUCUGGCCUUGAGACGAGGUCCGGCGGACGGCGCGGACACGGAGCUGGCGGGCGGCGGGGAGCAGAGCCGGGUGGGUCGGCGCGGUGGCUUCCGAGAAGGGAGGCCUCCCCUGCGUGGGGCCGGGGCCGGCCGAUGGGGACCCAGUGUGCGCGCCGACGGACCGGAGGACGACAAGGAGAACCACAAAGGCAAAAGGAUCCGGAGCCAGCAGUCGCCCCAGCGCCGUUUCCGCCGCCACUUCAGUUACCAACAUCGCAGACCCGGCAACCCCAGGCCUUCCGAGGGUCGCGAGGUCAAGGCUAUGCUCAGCUCUGACAUCGGGUCCCGGGCCAAGGACAACAGCCUGGAGAGUGGACACGCAUAGAGGCCGCUGCCCAGGGCAAGCCCACCCCACCAGUAAACCAUGGACCAGCUUUUAAGCAGGAAAGGGGAGGGGAUACCCUGCGAUUCCAGCCUGAAAAACCUACCAACACCUUAGUUUGAGUUUUCUGUUAUCGUUGCAAAUGACCAGUGCACCAGGAAGCAGAGAGACAUCAGAGAGGGAGAGAAGGGACAUACCUGGGAGGCAGUAGUGAACUAACUUUAUGUUAUUCUCGUGGGGGUUUUUUGUUUUUUUUCCCCUUUUUCCAUUUGUGUUUUAAGUUUGAGUUAUUUUGAGAAUUCCCUCUUUGAUUUAUUUCUCCCAAACCCCUCCUCCCCUAUCCCAGCCCCCUGCAAUGGCCGUGGAGAAUCCUUUUUUAAUUUGCUUUUUUCAAAGAUGCUGGUGUGGUUUGGUUUCUUUUCUGCCUCUCCAUCCCCUCUCAAAUGAGUAUCUCCCUGGGCAAUCUUCCCCAUCCCUCCCCCUCAGGCAAACUCGCAGGCACACAUUAAUAAUAAAAAAAAAAAGGUCUU